AUGUGUGAGGAGAAUCAGACACAGGUCACUCAGAUACAUCUCCUUGGAUUCCGAGGUCUUUACAAUUACAAGACUCUUCUAUUUAUAGUGUUUUUACUGACAUACACAUUUAUCUUAGUUGGAAACCUUUUAAUCAUCCUUUUAGUGAUGACUUUUGACCACCUCAAAACCCCAAUGUUCUUCUUUCUGAAACACUUGUCAACAGCGGAUAUCCUACUAACCACCAGUGUUGUCCCCAUGAUGUUGGACAUAAUAUUAUUUGAGGGAGAUAUUUUGCCCUUUUGGGGCUGUAUUAUGCAGUUGUAUUCCUUUGGUAUAUUUGGAUUUGUUCAAUGUUUCCUCAUUGCUGUCAUGUCAUUUGACCGAUAUUUGGCCAUUUGCCACCCUUUACGUUACUCUUCAAUAAUGAAUCCAGAUCUUUGUCUCCAGCUCGUUAUUGGAUCAUGGUUUUUAGUCAGUGUGUUGAUAUCCAGUGAAAUUAUUGUUAUUAUCCAAUUUGACUUCUGUGGCUUGAAUGACGUUGACCACUUCUUCUGUGACUUUGGUCCCGUAGUAGAAUUGGCCACAUCAGACAUUUCCAUUUUGAUGCUGCAAGACUUUGUUAUCUCCAUUUGCAUGAUCUUUUCCCCAUUUGCUUUUAUUAUUAUGACUUACUUUUCUAUUUUCAUCACCAUAAUCAAAAUGUCUUCGACUUAUGGUAGGAGAAAAGCGUUCUCCACUUGUAGCUCUCACCUGACCACAGUGUGUGCAUAUUAUGGAACCCUAAUCACAGUUUACAUGGCUCCAUCUAAUGAAAGCACAUCUAAUAUAAACAAAUACAGAUCUCUAUUGUACAUAGUAGUGACACCAGUGAUGAACCCCAUCAUCUACAGCCUCAGGAACAAAGAGAUCAAGAGUAGAGUUGAAGCCAUACCUGGCGAAACGCUUCGGAUGAAAAAGGAAAUCAACCGUAGAGAGUGGGAGUGUUUUCGUCAGCUGGCCCUAGAAGCAAAUGCAGAAGGAUUGGUCUGUCCGGAGUCCCUGUGGGAGCUCUUGGAGACUAUGUUGCAGAAGGGAUAUGACGAGCUGGGUUCUCGUGGAGAGAAACAGACCACUGUGAGGAGAAUGGCUAACAUCCAGUGGCAGAGGAAUGGCAAGAUUCAUUCUAAGGGAGCCUAUUUAAAAAAGUGGUCAGACCUAAAACGCCACAAAAUGGAUCUCAUAGAAGAGAUCAGAGACAAAAAUUGUCCAGGGUCAGACAGGACUUCAUCUGCUUUAUACACCAAACAAUGA